AUGAAAUCCAUUAGAACAUCCAGAUACUUCGAGGUUACAUUCUACGAUAGGCUGUGUCUCGAAGAUACACCGAUUCUCUCCUACGAAGUAUUCAAGAACUACGCCAUUGAAAGACUCAGAUUGUUGCGCAAAAUUGAGAACAAUAUCAAGGACACCAGUAGAAUCACAAAUCUGCGACACGAUCUCAUGACACAUUUCUCACUGCGUCUAGUCGCAGUCCAGGCCUCCUGGUCCAUGGAUUGGCUUAUUUCGACUGAAACGAAGCUAUUCAUGCAUCGUAUAGACAAAAUGGCACCUGAAGAAUUUGAAAGCUUCUACAGGUACCGCUUUCUGGUUCACUACGUGAAUGAUACUGGUACAGUUGCAGACAAAAGACUCAAGAAGGAUGUAACUGAUCGAGUCCUUAAGGGUGGAUUCUACGAUCCAGACACGUCUCUAGAUCCAAUUGACUAUGAAUGGAUCCAUUUCAGCAAGUGUUCCAGAAUAAUUGGCCGCCGUCUCUACAAAAUGGAAGGUGGCUUUGUUCCAGCCAGAACUCAGGCUGUCAAAGAGCUCAUUGCUACUGAAUUUGCCAACUUCAUGCGCAGAGAGACAGAAAGACUCUUCCACGAGCUGAAUGGAGACGAGCGCCUUGAGAGACUCCAUAGCGACAUCUUCAUGCAGGAUGUCACAGGCACCAGUGCUCCUACGACCAGCCUUGCCGUAGAAUCGAUCAAUCAGGCCCACAUGCCUCCUUGUAUUCUCCUGCUUUAUCAGAGACUCCAAAAAGAGGGCCACCUGAAAUUCAACGACAGAAAUCUCCUGACGCUGUUUCUGAAGGAUCUUGGAGUCCCCGUAGCAGAUGCGAUCGUCUAUCUCAGAGGCCACUUGCCCAGAAUGAAGGAGAAGGAGCUCGUCUACAACACCCGUCACAACUAUGGCCUGGAAGGGAAGAGAGCCAACUACACCUGUUUCAGCUGCCAUAAGAUGCUUGGGCUUUCUGGUGAUGAAUCAAACGUAGGAUGCCCAUUCGUGAACAAUAAGGCAUUUGCGGGGCAGUUUGUCGAUAUCGAAGACAGCGAUGCCCUGAAAAGCUGUAGAAAGUACGCGGCACUGCUGAUAGACGAUGAGAACAUCGGUGCUGUUGAUUUGACAAUCAGGUCACCAAGUGAGUUCUACAAGGUCGUAGAAAGAAACAAAAAGAGUCCUGAAUGA